CUACAAUAACGGCCAUCAUUCUCCGUAGCCACACGUGAUACGCUGUAGUUGCAGGCGGUGUGCUACAUGAGAGCAGCGACUAUGAAGCUGAAGGCGCAGUUGUGUGUCCUGCUGCUGGCUCUGGGCCUGUGCGUGACCCUGCACGUGAGGGCUCAGGAAGACGACGUGGAUGUGGAAGAUGACCUUGGUAACCUGGAAGAUGAAGAGCUGCUGGAUGGAGGAAUGGAAGAGGAGGAGAAGUCGGCCCCUGCACCCGCCUCUGCACCUACCGUAACUUAUAAAGCUCCGGAACCGAAGGGAGAGCACUUCUUUGCUGAGUCGUUCGACAAAGGAACGCUGGACGGAUGGGUUGUAUCUAAGGCAAAGAAGGAAGAUAUUGAUGAAGAAAUUGCAAAAUAUGAUGGUAAAUGGGAGGUUGAAGAGUUGAAGGACACUAAGCUACCUGGUGAUAAAGGCCUGGUGCUUAAAUCCAGAGCUAAACAUCACGCUAUCUCUGCUCUGCUGCUGCGGCCGUUCACGUUCGACACUAAGCCCCUCAUUGUCCAGUAUGAGGUGAACUUCCAGACUGGAAUCGACUGUGGCGGCGCCUACGUCAAACUGCUCUCUCAAAGCCCAGACCUCGAUCUGGAUGAGUUUGUUGACAAGACCCCCUACACCAUCAUGUUUGGGCCGGACAAGUGUGGUGAGGAUUACAAGCUGCACUUCAUCUUCCGUCACAAGAACCCUAAAACGGGCGAGUUUGAAGAGAAACACGCCAAGAAGCCAGAAUCUGACCUCCGCACUUACUACACAGACAAGAAGACCCAUCUUUACACACUGGUGCUGAACCCUGACAACAGCUUCGAGAUCCUGAUUGACCAGACUGUGGUGAACAGUGGAAACCUGCUGACCGACAUGACCCCUCCAGUCAACCCACCUGCAGAGAUCGAGGACCCUGAUGAUCAUAAACCCGAAGACUGGGACGAGAGACCCAAGAUCCAGGAUCCAGAUGCAGUAAAGCCUGAAGACUGGGAUGAGGAUGCUCCUGCUAAGAUCUCUGAUGAAGAUGCAGUAAAGCCUGACGGUUGGCUUGAUGAUGAGCCUGAGUAUAUUGGUGAUCCCGAUGCCAUCAAACCAGAGGACUGGGAUGAGGAUAUGGAUGGUGAAUGGGAGGCGCCUCAGGUCCCGAACCCUGCCUGCGAGUCUGCUCCUGGCUGUGGCAAAUGGGAGAGGCCGACUAUUGAUAACCCCAACUACAAGGGCAAGUGGAAGGCACCCAUGAUCGACAACCCCAACUAUCAGGGAGUGUGGAAACCCAGGAAGAUCCCCAACCCUGACUUCUUUGAGGAUCUGCAUCCUUUCCGCAUGACACCUUUCAGCGCUGUGGGUCUGGAGCUGUGGUCCAUGUCCUCAGACAUCUUCUUUGACAACUUUUUCAUCACGUAUGACCGCAACACCGCUGAGCGCUGGGCUGAAGAGGGCUGGGGCCUAAAGAAAGCUGCAGAGGGAGCUGCUGAGCCUGGCCUGAUGAACCAGAUGAUUUCUGCUGCAGAAGAGAGGCCCUGGCUCUGGGUGGUUUAUGUUCUGACUGUGGCUCUUCCCCUGGUUCUUGUCAUUGUCUUCUGCUGCACUGGAAAGAAGAAGUCUGCCCCGUCUGCUGCAGAAUACAAGAAGACUGAUGAGCCACAGCCUGAUGUGAAGGAUGAUGCAGAGGAAGAGAAGGAAGAGGAGGAGGAGGAGGAGGAAAAAGCUGAAGAGUCAGAGGAGAAGGAUAAUGCAGAGGACAGUCCUGCAGAAGGAGAUGCGGAAGAAGAAGCAGAAGUAGAGAAACAGGAAGAAGAGGAAGAUAAAUCGGAUGAGAAACAAGAAGAUGAAGUUUUGAGAAGGUCCCCCAGAAGCAAAGCGAAAGCUAGAAAGGACUGAAUGACUUUCUUCUGAUUUUUGUUUUUGCUUCCUGGAUCUGUUCAACAACUGCAGCCCCUGUCCUUUGUGUCCUGUGUCCCUCCCCCUUACCUUUCCUCAAUGGGACCUCCUUUUUUCCCUCCCUCAUUCUUUCCUCUUCGCCCUCAUUCCCAUCUUCUCUGGUCUUCUGCUCCAUCCUUGCUAAAGCGAUGACAAACCGAGAGAACACAAAGUCUGUGGCGCGAUCGACAGGAAGAAAGCAAGAAAAUCAAAAAUCCAACACGAGUCACUGCCUCGGACCAGGCUGAGGAGUAAGGUGAUGCUGAAGAUAACUAUGAUGUAUAGAGUAGAAACCCUUUUUGUUUUUCUUUGUUUUUCUUUGUUUGCUUUACUAAAAAGGAAGAAAGAAACUUUUACCAUUCCUUAACUGUGCUCAUGCUAAUGAAAAAAAAAAAAGCCUCUCUCCUUUUCCCAACCUAAACAACACAAGCCCUCCAGCCUCCAGUCGGCACAUUGCUACUCGGGACAGUAUUCAUUCAAUCGUCAGAUGUGGCAACACUACAGCCCUGUGCUGCAUGGCAGGGUUUAAAGCAGACGCUGAUUCAUCCAUGUACGAGAGUGGAGAGGUGUUGGAGUCCAGAGAUUCCCCAUUUUUAGAAGGUAGAUCAGAUACGGUCAGGUCAGUAGUUCAGUUGGUUCAGUUGUUGACCUGUCUGCCUGAUGAUUAUUGACAUAAUGAGAGAUCACGUUACCUUGGCAUUCAUUCCACAGAGAUCUUUUUUUUUUUUUUUUUUUUUUUAUUAUUUUUUUGUCAUUUAGUCAGAGCAGACCAUAGUGGAUCCUAAAGACACCCUGGUUGCGCCGUAAAUUGUGCGUUUCAGAAUUUGGGUGUUUUUGCUGCAGAAUCCCAGUUAGGUUUGUGGAGAAUGCCAGUUAGGCUUUAGGUUCUAGCAAGCUGCCUUAUUUCGUAGGAUGUGGAGACACAUUUUUGGCUGAUUUUAUUUGUGUGAAUGUACUGAGUUUCUUUUUUUUGUUGUUGUUACUAAUAUAUAUGGUUAUGAUUUUUUUUUAUGUCACCAGAACUUUCUUUUUACUAAAUCAUGGAUUUUCUUACAUGUAUUACUUUUGUUUGGUUGUUUUCAGGUUUUGAACUUGCAUAGCAGUAAACUGUUCAUAGUUCAUAACAGGGGGGCAGACACAACACAACAUUCUUAUUGAGUUAAGUUUGAUGUUUAGGUUAGCGAAUGAGAGAAUGACGAGAACGGUUCCAUGCUGAUCACCAAGGGUUAAAACCUCAGAUACGACAGGGCUUGCGUCCUUGCCUGGCAUGACUCACGGUGUAUUUCUGCUCAGCCUGUUAUCUUUCCAUUGGUGCACUAAGUCAGUCUUCUGACGCUCCAUUGGCGAAUGACUUGGCUCCACUCACACGUUACAUGAUGUAAUAUCCUGUCCCAGCAGCAGCAGCAGCAGCGGCAAUAGCAGCGUUUUAGGGGGCCAAGCACUUCCUACAGUGCUGAAACCCUAUUGGAUUUUUUGUGUGUAUGUGUGUAUUUAAACACUUCAACCAUGUCCUUCAAUGUACUUCAAUGACUUUGGGACCUUUUCUAAUAAUUGUUAAAGACCUUUUUCCAUAGAUUGUAAAAUAAGCUUUCAGAUUUCUUCCACUAUUUCACUCUGCCCAAAACAUUUUUACCCCAGAGACAUAUGAAAUGGCACUAAUGGGGACAAACCCCAAUCUGGAGAAAACAAAGGCAGCAAACCUGUCCAUUCACUCCAGCUUGCCUUAGUUACUAAUUUUUGCUUUUAGUGAGGCUAACCUACCUCCGCCACCACUACUGUUCCAGCCGGCAUGGCGGAGGAAGGCGCUGUGACUUGAGCUCUGCCCCAAGUUUGAAAAAAGUUGGCACUUUUUAUAGUAACUGAGUCGAAAAUACACAUUCACACAUGCAUGCUGCACUGCUGCCACACUAAAAGCUCGCUGGAUCUCUCGCUAACUAGCAUCAAUCUUCACUGUCCUCCAUCUUGUCACCCCUGUUGCAUCUGAGAUUUGUCCCAAUAUUUGUUUUUUUCUUUACCAUCUCACAAGUAAUGUUUUUGCAAUGGAUGGCCUGGAUCGAUGCAAAUAUGAAGAAAGCUGAUUAUCCUUGGUAGAGUAGUGAGCGUGAGAAUAUCAAUGUGAUCAAUGACUGAGUCUGUAUAUUUAAGGGUGGGUGUGGGUUAAGGCUGGGGAGGGGGACAAAUUCCAUCAUGUUACUCACAAAACUAAAAAUAAAUGGAUUUGAUGAAAGACGG